UCCACUUCAGGCGGCACCUGAACCCUGCUGCAGCGGCUUCCACCAUGCCGUCAGCGGGGGCGGCGGGACCAGGCUGGAGGCGGUAAUGGAAAAUCUACAGCGUCAACAAGCAGCUCGUUUUACCGUAGAGGAGAAGCUCCAGCAGCAGGGAAAAAACGGAACUUUCCGCAGUUUGGUACGGUCUCAGAUCCACCAGCAAGCUGUGGCUUUCAGCCACUAUGACGGCGCGCUGGGCAGCACUCUGCCAGCUGGAGCUGGUUCCUCCACCGGGAUGACGCGUCUGCACCGGGAGGACAAGGAAGGGAAUUUAAGACCUUGCACUGGUGAGGAAAUGUGGGUCACAGAUGAGCAGAAGAUCACUGAUGAAGAGGAGAGUCACAAAGACAUGUCAAACUCUUUCCAACUCCAUGAAGCUUGCCUAUCAAAGGGCGCCACGGUGCGCUUCAUUACCACUGAUCAAGUUUCACGCAUAGAGUCUCCGUCCGCGCACUCCCAUUCCCACCAAGAGUGGACCUACGAGGAGCAAUUUAAACAGUUGUAUGACCUUGAUGAAGAUGAAAAGCGUAAAGACUUUCUUGAUGACCUUUUCAAUUUCAUGCAAAAACGAGGGACUCCAGUGAAUCGAAUUCCUAUCAUGGCAAAGCAGGUGCUGGAUCUCUACAUGCUCUACAAGCUCGUCACAGAAAAAGGCGGCUUAGUGGAAGUCAUCAAUAAAAAGAUAUGGCGUGAGAUUACCAAAGGCCUCCAUCUCCCAACCUCUAUUACUAGUGCAGCAUUUACUCUCCGAACACAGUAUAUGAAGUACCUCUAUCCAUAUGAAUGUGAAAAGCAGAGAUUGAGCUCUCCUGGUGAACUUCAAGCAGCAAUAGACAGCAACCGUCGGGAGAGCCGUAGGCAGAACUUCAGUUCUACCAUCUUCAGCUAUUCUGUCGCUGGCCCACAGACUUCUCUCCCAACAACAAAAAUACAGCCACAUGUACCAAUGCUUUCUCACCAAAGCAACUAUUACACCCAGGCCCCUUCUGUCAAAAGAGAUGAUAGACAAGAGUCCAUAUUGAACCUGUCUACCAACGGCAUUAACAGCAUCAACAUGUCAAUAGAAAUAAAUGGAGUUGUCUACACAGGCGUUCUCUUUGCCCAGCAGUCAACAGUGACAGGAAUUAUGGAACAACACAAGAAGCAGAGUAACACUCAGGGAAAGCCCGGGGCAACAUUUUUCCAACCCUCUUGUUUCUCUUACUCUACUGUUUCACUUCAUGGACAAAGAAACUCUUGCAACUGACCUGAAUGAACCGAAUUAGGAUUUGUUCCUUUGUUCUUCAAGACAACAAGCUUGCCAUCUGAGCAGGAACAUUUCAACACCAUGAUGUUAAGCUUUUUGGCCAUCUACCCCUGAUUCCAGAAGUAUCUUAGGAAUAUAAUAUACACCAAUGAAACUUUUACAACA